CCAAAGCCUAUGUGAGUGGUUUAGGAAUUACCUAAUGGAUAGAAGACAGAAGGUUAGAGUUAACGGUGUACUAUCAGAGUGGAAAGCAGUACCCAGUGAAGUGUCUUAGGGAACUGUAUUAGGCUCCUUGCUAGUCCAAUUAUACGUCAAUGAACUACCGGGGAUUCUUACUUCACUAUUAUUUGCGGAUGACAUUAAGAUCUGGAAAACUGUAAAUAGUAACGAGGAUAGGUCGGCCCUACAAACUGAUAUAGAUAUAUUAGCUGAGUGGUCGGACUUGUGGGAUUUGGAAAUUAAUUCUAGGAAAAGCGCGUUAUGCACUUAGGUCAGAAGUUUUAUACGUCGCACUCCCUAGGGGAUACAGAACUGCCUGAUGUUAACGGACAGAAGGACCUAAGAAUCACUCAGUAAUGAUUUAAAAACAACUGCAAAUUUCAAUGUAGCGGCAGCUAAGGCUUUUCGAAUGAAGAGCUUUCUAACAAUUAGAUGAGUCUAUGUUCAAAAUACUCUAUGCAACAUGUCAUGCCUCAUCUUGAAUAUUGCAUACAAGCAAUCAGUCCAUCCAGAUGGAAUAUCCCCUGAAGCACUGAAAGCGGACCCAGAGACGACAGCAGAUAUGCUGACUCCAUUAUUGCAUAAGGUCUGGGAGGAGGGAAAGGUGCCUACUGACUGGAGGAAAGGUUACCUCGCGAAACUACCAAAGAAGGGCGACUUAAGACUCUGCAAGAACUGGCGAGGAAUCAUGCUUCUAUCGACGCCAAGUAAAAUCCUGAGUCGCAUCAUCCUGGAGAGAAUAAAGGACGCACUGGAUACAGAACUCCAACCAGAACAAGCUGGAUUCAGGAAAGGCAAAUCAUGUUCUGACCAAAUUGCAACUCUACGGAUCAUCAUUAUAGAACAAAGCAUGGAAUGGCAAUCAAACUUCUACCUCAACUUUAUAGACUUCGAGAAGGCCUUCGAAAGCGUUGACCGUGAAGUAAUUUGGAAAGUACUCAAGUACUACGGCGUACCCCAAAUAUUCAACCUUAUUCAACAGCUGUACGACAACGGUGGCACAUGUCAAGUCAUCCACAACGGAAAAAUCAGCGAGGCGUUUGGAGUAAACACAGGAGUCAGACAAGGGUGCUUAUUAUCACCAAUCAUAUUCCUAAUUGUGAUGGACUGGAUUAUGUGUCAGACAGUGGGCAACGAGAAGACAGGAAUAUCCUGGACGGACGUGAAGAACCUUGAAGACCUGAAUUUCACGCGUGGAUGAUUUAUGUUUUACGUCACACAAAAUCGAGGACUUACAAG